AUGGCGCCACUAUUUAAAAGAAAAAGGAGGCAAAGAGGAGAGGAGGAAAUAACUGCUGGGCCGGGAGAGAACAGAGUUGUGAGUCUGAAUGUGGCGGAGACGAAGUCGUCGGAUUUCGAAGUUAGGAAAAGACUAAUCUUCGAUUUCCUACUGGUAACAUUUACACCGGCACCAGGAGCGAUAGUUGAUAAGGUAGUACUGAAGGACACAAUCUUUUGGCAAAAGGGCCAUGGAAUGGACGAGUGUAACUGUGUAAGAACGUACGCGAAAAAGGGGAACAUAAUGUUCGUGGAGCUCAUAGUAAACAAAGGAAACGCGCCAACAUUCGAGUAUUUCUACAGAGACUACUUCAAGUGGACGUCGACGGACGCGGAAAAGUUCGCACUAAGCUUCAGUAAGCAGGUGGACCUGUUCUACGUGAGAGCAACGCCGAAGCUUAACAUAAACGGAAAGAUGAAUCCGACAUUCUUCUACAUCAACAAGAGCAUGGAGGCGCCGGUCUGGGUAAUAACGCCGAAGCCGGGAAUAUGGGUGGACAGAGUGGUGGACGGAAUAGUGGACAUCUGGGAGAAAAACUAUAAGUCGGAAAUAUGUACAAAUGCAGUGGUCCUACACAGAAAGAAGAAGCCAGUGUACGUGUACCUGCUGGUAAACGAGCUGGAGCUGGCGAGUCAGGAGGUGUUUUUCAAGAAGGACGGGAUAACGUGGCCGAGAGUGACGAAGGAGGAGUUCGUGGAGGCGGCGAAGGCGCUGGGAUGCAACCCGGAGACGUUCAUGAACGAGCUGACGCUGGACCUGUCGAACGCAGGCAAAAACUUCACAGUAGAGGUUCUGGACGUGGACACGGCCUCGACGCAAGUGAUAACGCCGCUGACGGGCUACAAGGUGCGCAAGGUGGUGGACGGAGAGCAGGUGAUAUGGAAGGACGAAAGAAGCUUCGCAACGAACGCAAGCAAGCUGACGUACACGAACAGAGGAACUUACGAGCACAAGCACACGCUGCUGAACCUGUACGUGCGCCAGGGAGAGAAGACGUCAGUGCUGCACUUCGCGAAGCUCUCGGGAGUGUGGUCGCGAGUGGACAGCGCGAAGUACGCAAGGAUGUACUCGCAGACCGACGACCCGAUUAACACGCACAAGCACCUGGGCGUGGACGCCAGCGGGGGGAGGAAGAUGUACAUGAGCCACUUCAGAAACAAGGACGGCCUGAACAUACACACGUUCCACGCGCCAGUGGAAAACAGCAAGGGAAGCAUGGUGCUGGUGCACGGAGCGUUCGGACACUUCUGCUCGGAUUACAUAUCCUACUCGCGCAAGUUCUGCCUCGACUACGAGCACUACAGCCCGCUGGCGGAGCUCGAGGAUUUCGCGAACGCAAACUACGACACGAUGGACAGCCUGAAGAUGGUGACCAGGGCGCUGGAGGAGCGCAAGGACUGCUUCGAGCACAGAAGGCUCGACGGCCUCGACAUGUUCGACACGGGCUCAAGGUUCGAGUACAAGAGGAGCUUCGUGGAGGCGCUGAACAACAUGGGAUACUCAGUCUACGGACUGGACCUGCCCUCGCACGGGCACUCGGAGGGCGUGACGACGACGAGGUUCUACACGAACUCGUUCCUGGACUACGUGGAGGACCUGCUGCAGUUCAUCAACAUCGUGAAGCGAGGAAAGUUCAGCGACACGACGCAGACGUACGAAGACUUCACGUGGAAGGACAAGUCGUACAGGCCGAAGGCGCCGUCGGAGUGCACGCGAAGGAGCGGAGAGAGCUCAAUAGAGCACAUGGGCAGCCUGGGCAGCAUGAGCAGCAGAAGCCAGGCGCCGGAGGAAGCCCAAGGGGACGCGAGUGCGACGCACGGCUCAGGCGAGCACACGCAGACGAGUCCGAAAGCCUCAGAAGAUAAAAUGGAAACGAGGCCAAAUUCGCCAGCACACGUGACUAAAGGAAACCUGGCGGAGUACGUGGCCGCCGCGAGCAUGACUGAGCCAGAGUGGGUGGACGAGAAGCUGUACCUGGUGGGCUACUCAAUGGGAUCGAACAUUUGCAUCAGGACCAUCAACGAGUACUACAGGAGGACGAAGUCGUCCAAGAAGCUGAUCGACGGACUGGUGUGCCUGUCGGGAAUGUAUCAGCUGGCAGCAAUAUCGAAUCCAGUGGUGCAGAGGCUGGCGGCAAUAUUCAUCUCUAUUCUGAGCUUCUUCGCCCCGAAGUCGCCGAACCCUAUAGAAAAGCUGUUCGACUUCACAAUGACAUUCGACUCGCUCUGCAGACUGAGGGAUCCAAUGUAUGCGACCAAAAAGUCCUGCAACAAGACGUUGCUCAUGAUAGCCAAGGCGACCUUCGAUCUUACGAAGAACCUGUCGUACUUCCCAGAUGACUUGCCAAUGCUCAUGUUGAACUCGGUCAAAGAUGAACUGGUCAACAUAGAGGGUGCGAGAAAAAUGAAUAAACUGAUUAAAAAUUCAAAACUUGUUGAGUUGAAGGGCACUGUACACGGGCUGCCACUAUCUCCAUACGUUACAGUAGUAACGCCAGUGUUAAAGGAUUGGCUAUCAGGGUCACUGUAA